ACUCCCAAUGCACGCUAGUAUCGUCACACACUCCUUCUCGUUCUCUCCGCAGAGAGAGAAAGUAGAGAGAGAGAGAGAGAAUGCAAUCGCUGCAGCAAAAGGCGUCGGAGUGGAGCGGGGUGGAACAGAGCGACGCCUUCGCCAUUGACUCCACCAAUCUCUUUGACAAGCUCGGAGGAUUACAAACCUUCGUUAAUCUCUCCACCAAUUUCUACAACAGAGUUUAUGACGAUGAUGAAGAGUGGUUUCGGUCAAUUUUUGCUAAUUCAAAGAAAGAAGAGGCGAUUCAGAAUCAAUAUGAGUUCUUUGUGCAAAGGAUGGGAGGGCCGCCCCUUUACUCACAAAGAAAGGGACAUCCUGCUCUGAUUGGACGACACCGCCCGUUUCCUGUUUCUCAUCAGGCUGCCGAGAGGUGGUUACACCACAUGCAACAAGCAUUGGACGGCACGAGCGAUAUUGACGCAGACUCAAAAAUCAAAAUGAUGAACUUUUUUAGGCACACUGCAUUCUUUCUUGUUGCUGGAGACGAAUUGAAAAAACAAAAUAAAGAAGUUCCUUGUAAGCACAGCACCAGCAAACCAGCUGCAGUUUGAUAUCAGAGCUUGCGUUCCAAUCCUUAGGAAUGGUUCGAGGAGAUAGAACUGCAUGUAAAGAAGGUAAUGAUGCUACUGUUGAAGACGUGCAUGCACGAGGAGAUGUUGCACAGGUGGAGAGGUAUCAACGGAUGGAGGUAGGCCUGAUGGCAAUACAGGCAUGGGUUGCUGCAUUGUUUAGGGCUGGUGGCUUUUCUAGUCCCUAGAACUUGACUUAACCAUUGUUAUCCUAACCAACAUCCUGAGGAGGAGGAGGAGGAGGAGGUUACGGAGACGGAGGUGCUGCAUUGUUAGGGCUGGGGGCUACUCUAGUCCCUGGAACUCAGCCUAACCAUUGUUAUCCUAACCGAUAUUCUGAGGAGGAGGUUACGGAUAAGGGUUCGGUCACCCUUACUCAUCCCACGGUCCUCUGAGUGUUGUAUGUGUUUGUCAUCUUACUUGGUAGGUCUUAAAUCAAAGUCUUCCACCUGUUUUACAUGUAGAUACAUAUGUGUGUGUACAGAUCUGUGGCUCGAAUAUGCAAGUACCUGUGAGUUUAGAAUA